AUGAAGCUUUAUCAAUGGGCACAAGCAGAUAAAGAAUUCUUGAGACUGUUGAGCAAGAACAAGCAAGAGGAAGGCUCAUCAUCAUCAUCAUCACCAUCUUCUUCUUCUCUUUUUGCUAAGACAAAGAAUUGGCUUAGUGCAAAGAAGAACUACUUGAUCAAACCCAACAAUGAUCCAAAGGUCAAGAAAGUUUCUGAGAAUGGGUCAUGUUCUUUCAUUGAUGCUUUGCUCAAGUUCGUGUUCCUAUUUAUGGCUAAAGUUGAUAUGUCAAGUGUUGAAGAGAUUGCAAAUCCUGGUAACAGUAGCACCCCUGUGGAGCAUAAACUUGAUGCUUCUACGUCUUCCUCUAAGACAAAGUCAAUUAAAGAAGAAGGUUCUAAAAAUAGUCUUAGACUGUGGAAAUUUGAACAAGAUGCAUGCAGAGAUGCACUUGCUCAAAUGAUAGUCAAAGAUGAGUUACCUUUUAGGUUUGUUGAGCGUGAAGCACAUUUCAUCGAUGAGGAUUGGAAAUUACAUAAAAGAAUUUUAAGCUUUUGCGUAAUAUCUAGCCACAAAGGUGAGGCAAUUGGGAGGGCAGCAGAGGCAUGCUUGAUUAAUUGGGGUAUAGAGAAAUUGUGCACACUAACUGCUGAUAAUGCAAGUGCUAAUGAUGUUGCACUUGCAUAUUUGAAGAGAAAGUUCUCUAAAAAGAGUGAUGCCUUUAUUUUAAAAGGUGAGCUUUUUCACAUGAGGUGUUGUGCCCAUAUUAUUAAUUUAAUUGUGAAAGAUGGCUUGAAUGAAAUCAAAGGGUUGGUAACUCAAAUUCGUGAUGCUGUGAAGUAUGUUAGAAGUUCUCCUCAAAGAGAGCAACGUUUCAAGUCAUGUGUAGAGAAGGAGAGGAUUAAUCAUAAGAGCUCUUUGUGUUUAGAUGUUCAAACACGGUGGAACUCUACUUUUCUCAUGUUAAAUACUGCACUCAAGUUUCAAAAAGCUUUUGAAAGAUUAAAAGAUAAGGAUCCACAUUUUUGCUUAGAACUUAAUGAUAUACCUUCUACCACCCAAGAUUGGAAUGAUGCUAGGCAUUUUACUUCAUUUUUGGAAAAAUUCUAUGAUGCCACUGUUCAUUUGCCUGGUUCUUUGUACAUUACUUCUACUAUGUAUUUUACUGAAGUUUGUGCAAUUGAAGGUUUCUUAUCUGAAUGUGCAAAGAGUUUGGAUCCUUCUUUAAGUGUAAUGACUAUGAAAAUGAAGAGCAAGUUUGAUAAGUAUUGGGGAAAAAUUGAAAAAGUGAAUAUGUUGUUGUUGAUUUCUGUUGUGUUGGAUCCCCGUUGUAAGUUGAGAUAUGUUAGUUUUUGUUACUCUGAACUUCAUGAAGUUGCCACUGUGACUGAGCUUACAAAAAAGGUAAGAGAGGCAUUGAAUCAAAUUUAUGAUGAGUAUCAAAAGCUCGAAUUUGGAAUGUGUUCUUCUUCUAACCAAACUUGUGUUGAAGUUGAUCAACCAAUUAGUGGCGCAAGUAAACAGUUAAUGUCUCUCAAAUCAAAGUUUCAAAAACAUUUGGCACAAGAAGAAUGUGAUGGUGGAAAAUAUAAAAUUCUUUCUCAAGUUGCCUGGGAUAUUUUGGCCAUUCCCGUAUCCACUGUUGCCUUAGAGGCUGCCUUUAGUAUAGGAGGUCGUGUCAUUGACCAAUUUCGUAGUUCUCUUACUCCCAAGCUUGUAGAAUGCUUGAUUUGUUUGCAGGAUUGGUUGCGUGCUUCGCCACUCCCAUUUGAAGUAGAAGAAAAUAUUGCGGACAUUGAAGAACUCGAACAAGGCAAUAUUGAUUUGAAACUUGGAAUGCUCUCUUUUGUUGCUCUUAAGAGUCUUUUGGCUACUGUAUUUGCAUCCAUAUUGUUUAACUUGUCUUAUGUUUUUGUUGUUUUUUAUUUGAAAAAGUUUCUAUUGACUGUUUACAAUGUUUAG